GUCGCGCCUUGCCAUCUUGCUCUUGCAUCAGCCACCCGUUCGCGAGUUUCAUCCUCCACCAGGGCAUCGAAGUCCCCAUCUGGUGGUUCCCUCGGGGCGCACAUAUACUCCCCACUCUCCGCCCGUCAAUACCCGCGAAGCCACGACCUCCAGGUUCUCUCUUACGGCGUAUCUAAUCGACAUGCUGCUCCCCUCUACCCUCGCCCAGUUCUUUGUCCCCUUCGCAUCCCUCUUUCUCCAUGAGCCGAAGGAGGUCACAGACAACGUACUGCGGCUAGAGCUACGACAACUGCACGCCGUAUCGUCUUCCGCGCAGGUCGUCUUCGCUGACGUUCGCGCGCCGAUCUCCUCCCUUGCGGACAGCACCUAUACCUUACGAUCACGAAGGACACGACGACAUAGACCUGCAUCCCUAGACGCAUUCUCGCAAGCGCGCGCGGCGUCUGUACGCUUUGCGCAGACGGUAGACAUACCCUGGGACGAGGACGAGGUAGAGGGGCCGGAUGUAGAGAGCAGGGAGACGCUCCUUCAGCUUGCCAAGAUCACGAACAACGCUUACGUGCCUCCGGACGAUCCGCAGUGGUACGAUCUGGGAGGAGAGUACAACGUGAGCUAUCCAUUCGGCUGGGAGCCUGAUGAUGACGGUUUCCGCGGGCAUGUCUUUGCUACCCCAGACAACAAGACUGUCGUCCUUUCCAUCAAAGGCACCUCUGCCUCCUUCAUUGGUGGCGGGGGACCUACAUCCAAGAAGGACAAGCUGAACGACAACUUGCUCUUCAGCUGCUGCUGCGCGCGCGUUGAUUGGACGUGGACGCCUGUGUGCGGCUGCUAUCGUGCUGGUGGGAAGUGCGAUAUCAACUGUCUGCAGGAAUCCUUGGCGGAAGACAGUUUGUUCUAUCCUGUGGGCACUAACCUAUAUAACAACUUGACAUACUUGUACCCUGACUCCAACAUAUGGGUUGUCGGACAUUCACUUGGAGGUGCGCUAGCUGGACUCAUAGGUGUGACCUUCGGCGCUCCUGUUGUUGCCUUUGAGUCGCCAGGUGAGAAGAUGGCCGCGGGCCGACUUCAUCUCCCAUCGCCUCCCUCCACGCAUCACAUCACGCACGUCUACCAUACUGCCGACCCCAUAGCGAUGGGGACCUGCAAUGGAGUGCUGUCGUCCUGCGCUCUCGGUGGUUAUGCGAUGGAGUCGCGCUGUCACCUGGGGAAGUCGAUUGUCUACGACACCGUCAGCAACCUCUCAUGGGCUGUCGACAUACGGACACAUACGAUCGUGAAUGUGAUCGAGAAGCUGCUUAACGAGCCAUGGCCACCAAGUGUAGAGGUUGGUAGGGAUGUUCCGGAAGCAAUCGCUGAGGAUGACUGCGAAGGGGAAUGCUAUGGUUGGGAGUUCGGCGACUUCCCUGCGUGAUUGAUGACGGCGAAGGUGGAUAUUCUGAGGCUCAGUACGUCGUGUUGUAAGGAUUUUUGUAUCAUAGUUGCUUCACUCUUCGUUUUCUGUUUACCUUGUCGCUGCUACGAAUUGCCAGGGGAGCCGGUGCAGUUCGAGC